AUGUAUAGAUUCAACAUAUCCGCACCAGGUGCGAUAUAUUUACAUGGAGAUCCUGUGUUAGGAUAUGCGAAAUCUGCCGUGAUAGCAGGCUUAAAUCUGCGUACAAAACUCUCAUUCACAUCGUUAUUUCCAAGAAUGGUUCCGACAGAAUAUAUCGAACUAGAUUUUUCCACUAUCAAUUUAUACGUGAAGAUACCUUUGAACAUAGUUCUUAAAACCUUCUUUGAUAAAAAUGUUGUUCGUAAAACUGACAUGGAUGAUAUUCAUGACGCAAUAAAAGAUUUUGUCGAUUCGUUAGAAACAUGUAACGGUACAUAUAAACCUGACAAUCUUCACCAUCGGUUAAGUUUACAAGCAUUCUUCUUCUUGCUUGUCGCUAUCGCCUACAAAGAAACGAUUAAUAUAACAGCCACGUUUAUCGUAAAAUUAUCGUCGGAAUUGGCGAUCGGAGAAAGUCUGGGCAGCUCACAAGCGUUCGCGGUAUGUCUCGCGGCAUGCUUCUGGCGUUGGUCAAAUCUUCAAAAAGGAACGGUCAUUUAUGAAUUCACACUUGAAAGUGAACAAAAAAUACUAUUUUACGGGGGGAUAUGCGAUAACAUGGUGUACAAAUGUCAGAACGCUUUUAAAAUUCUCGUAUCCAUACGUGGCUCGAUAGUUGAAACCAAGAAAUGGUUAAUGCAAAAGUAUACCGAUUUCCCUAAUAUAAAGAUCUUGCUUGUCUUUUCGAAUGUUAGUCUGAAUCAUGUGCAUAUUCCCCCCCCUGUGAGGGGAGACAGAGGUUCAUUCAUGAAACAUUUUCUGGAUAUUAUAAAUGUUAUAUCGAAAGAAUCUAUUCAAUUGUUCGACAUGAUUCGGCCAAAAGAAUUAGAACAAAAUCAGGAAUCUAAUGUAGAGGAGUCACUUUCUAUCGAUCUACAGACUCACUAUGAAAAAUUAUCGGAUCUUAUUAAUAUAAAUCAAGGAUUACUCACAGCAUUAGAUAUGUCGGAUGCAAAUAUAAACAUUGUUUGCGCAAUUGCCCAAAAGUAUUCAUUAAAGGCAAAAGCGACGGGCAGAGGUAGAGGUGGAUACGUAUUCAUUUUAUUACCACCAAAUAUCAAAGACAAAAUCGUCCAUCAACUCAUACACGAAUACGUACUGCACGAUUUUCCUGCCAUUUUAACCAAUUUAUGUGGAAAGUGGAAUGGAGUGAGAGUUGAAUAACAUAUUGAAGCAAACAAUUUAAUAGUGAAAUUUAAAUAGUAUAUUAAUAUAAUUAUAUUAU